ACUAGCUAUUCACGAACCUGUCAACGAUGCGCUCAUGGGCAUUGGUAUAGAUGCAAAUUGGCUCCGCCAUUGUUGGAAUGAUACGUGGACAUCUGGUGUUCCAUGGCCACAAUUACCGAGAUACAGGGCAAAAAUAUACUAGAAAAAAAUAUGGGAUGCGGAGUCAAAUGCAUUGCGUCGCCCUUUCUAUAAACACCGAAGAGAACUGGUAUUAGGGGCUGCCUAAUUGGUAAAUAAUUUUCUAGAACCGAACGAAUUACUGACUACACAGUUGUUCACCCGCAGGCUAAUAAUUGAACGGCAUAACUAAAGUGAAGUAGA